GAAAAAAAAUAACAGAAAAGAAAUAAAAAUUAAAGCGAGCAGAUCGCAUCGGAAGUCUCCCUGCUCGUUCGCGAGGUUCGACCAUUGACGAGAAGCAUCGAACGAGUCUCGCCGCCUCUCUCUCUCUCUCUCUCUCUCUACAAGGCGGUUCCUGUCUCCGGCGCGGCGGAAGCGUCCCCCUCUCUCGGCGGAAGGGCCGCGGCGGGCUUCGCCGGCUUGAUCUUUGGGGGGGCGGUGGUGGUGGUGGUGGGGGGGAAGCCCAAGCCAUGGCGGAGACCUCGAAGGACGAGCUGGUGCAGCUGAUCAGGAGGUUCGGGGCUUACCUCACCGUCAAGUUCUCCAACAUCUUCUCGAUCUCGCUCAACAACAUGAAUUCGCGCUCGCUUGGGGCAAUUGCUGGGUUUGCUGUUGCCGUAGUUUUUACAUGGAGGUUAUUGAGGACACCUAGAGGCCCUCAAAGACGGGUACAAAAAAGACAAGCUGCUUCACCUACCAGUUCGGGUCUAGCUUCUCAGACAAAUACAGCCUCGACUUCUUCUGGAGUUUGUUCAACUUCAGAGGAUUUAAGGGCACGAAAUGUUGUUGAUGAGUUUUUCCAGCCUGUGAAGCCAACAUUGGGGCAGAUUGUGAGGCAAAAAUUGAGUGAAGGUCGAAAGGUCACAUGUCGUUUGCUCGGAGUUAUUCUUGAGGAAAGUAGUCCUGAGGAGAUUCAGAAACAAGCAACUGUAAAAUCCUCUGUGUUGGAAGUACUUUUGGAGAUCACCAAAUUUUGUGAUCUUUAUCUCAUGGAAAGAGUUCUUGAUGACGAGAGUGAGAAAAAAAUUCUUCAGGCCUUGGAGUAUGCUGGAGUCUUUACUUCAGGUGGUCUCAUCAAGGAGAAGGUUCUUUUCUGUAGCACAGAGAAUGGGCGUUCCUCUUUUGUUCGGCAACUAGAACCAGACUGGCACAUUGACACAAACCCUGAAGUCAUCUCUCAGUUAGCGAGAUUCAUCAAGUACCAACUUCAUGUGACCCCCAUCAGACCUGAAAGGACGGCCUCUAACGUGUUCAGUUCCCCAUCUUUGGAGCAGUUCUUCGGGAGCAUUUAGCAGUAACUCAUAAAAUUCGCAAAUGCGAUUGUAUAUUUAUGUCCUCCUGUUUAUUAUCUGGUCUGAUAAUCUUCCCGCUCAGUUCCUCAGGAGUUCCAAUAUUCACCAGCUGUGGCUGGUUUUCCGAUGAUAAUUGGGUCGAGGUCUUGGCUCACUAUUAAUCUCAGUCAACUUCGUUGGAUCAUGAGAUUCGCUGUUUGCAAUUCAUAUUGCAUUAGUUUCAUAGACAAGAGUUUUUAAGUUUCUGUUGUACUACUACCCUUUGGAUAUAUCAAACAUUUUGUGAGCUGUAGAGCAAGAUACCAUAAGCUUUUUUGGGCAUAUAUCCUGUGUGUUCUGAGAUUCUUUUUUCAAUAGGAUUUUAAUAAUUCAUA